GGUGUCUUUUUGUUACUGGUCACAUUAUUCUGUGUUUUCCUGCAGCUCCCUGUCAGAACGUUCUCGACUACUUUAAGACUGUUCUCGAGUUUCACAACCAGCUGGUGCCGCCGCUGCCGGAGGAGCCGCUCACCGAGGAAGAAGAGCGGCAGACAGUGUUUGAGGGCAGCAAGCAGCUGCUGGAGAACUACCCUCUCUUCAUCACUAACAAGCAGUGGGAUGAAGCCGUCAAUUCCUCAAAGAAAGACGGCCGGCGGCUGCUGCGUUACCUGAUUCGUUACGUCUUCACCACAGACGAGCUCAAGUUCUCCUGCGGACUGGGGAAAAGGAAGCGUUCAGUCCACUCGGGAGAUCCAGGCCUGGAGAGACGGCCGCUCAACCCGCUCAAAGUCAGCUGCCUCAGAGAGUUCAUCCGGAUGCACUGUGCCUCAAACCCUGACUGGUGGAUGCCGUCAGAGGAGCAGAUCAACAAAGUGUUCAGCGACGCUGUGGGUCAUGCUCGCCAGGGCCGAGCGGUCGGCACGUUCCUGGGUAGCAGCGGCAGCAGCACCAGCAGCCUCUACAUGGACGCCUUUGAUGGACAUUUGUCACAAGACGAGCUGUAUUUAAAAGGCUGCCAGAACAGCCAAUCAGACUGAAGAGAGGGAAGGAAUCAAAGACAGAAGCCGUAAAUGUAGCCGCAUUACGACAUAUCCCGAAACACUGACCUGAACCUGUCACUUUAUCCUGUGAGGAAAACAUUCCAGACGCUAAUCCAACAUAAGAACACUUCAUCCUCUGUGUCGUUAUGUUCACUCAACAUCUGACAUUUCAAAUGUUUGGUCUUCCAUUCACUUCCUUUUUAUCCUUUGUCGUUUACAGAACUUGCGUCAGCAUCCAACCAAUACUUCAGAUUGUGAACAUGCUAACCUUCCAGUCAUCAGAAACAUGUCCGACGCGUGUUUGGUACGUCACAGAAGAAGCUUCGAUAUGUUAGCGUGUGGCUAGCUGAGCGCCUCUGAGACUUCAUGUUUCAAACACUUGGGGAGAAAAGAGCCUUCCAGUGAGCUCCAUGCAGCUUCACUAGAGUUAAAAGACUUUUGCUAACAGACGUUUUCAGAGGAUGUGUCAGUAAAAAAACCUUCUUAUGAUAUUAGGCUCAGAAGCUCAACUUUAAAACAUGUGACUUAAAUUAACAACUCAACCGCGGUCAAAGGUUGAAUCCUCUUCUCUCAAAGUCGAUCUGUUGAUCUCCGUUUUUAACUCUCAUAUAGUUACGAUGUCCAAACUAUACGUGGUCAAAGUUUCAGAUCAUGAGGUAAAUGUUUGUUGGAGUAAUCCUAGGAUGAGUCUGCAGAGGGCGCUAAACGCCUUGC